CAACUUGAAUGGUUCCGAUCGUAAAUUAGUAAAGCACACAGUCACAGGAGAAUUAAACUUAAGUCAAGCUGCGAUUUUUGAAGGACGGAGAAGUCCUCCGCCACUAUGUAGUACGGGUUCGUCGUUGAUAUUGGUUUCCGCUAUAUAUAUAGAUCAGAUCCUUCUCUCGCGAAUUGGAGUUCUGAUUCAAUCGCUGAUUCCGAGGAGACACACAUAGGUCGAACACUUACUUUUUGCGUCACAGAGCUAGCACGGAGAAGGAGGGGCAGCCAUGGUGUGGUGUAACCAUUGUGCCAAGAAUGUUCCCGGAAUUCGCCCCUUCGACGGUGGUUUGGCAUGUGAUUUAUGUGGGAGGAUAUUGGAAAAUUUCAAUUUUUCUACUGAUGUUACAUUCGUUAAGAAUGCGGCUGGACAGAGCCAAGCGUCUGGUAACAUAGUGAGGAGUGUUCAUAGUGGGAUUUCAAUCUCACGUGAAAGGAGAUUGAGAAUAGCUAAAGAUGAGUUAAGGAAUUUGAAAGAUGCCUUGGGAAUUGGUGAUGAAAAAGAUUAUUUGAUUGAGACGGCUGCCAAAUUCUUUGAAAUGGCACUUCACCAAAACUUCACUAAAGGGCGCAGAACUGAACUUGUACAGUCUUCCUGUCUCUACUUGACUUGCAGGACUUGCAGGACAGAGAAAAUUCCGUUACUUCUUAUUGAUUUUUCAAGCUACCUUCGAGUUAGCGUUUACGAGUUAGGUUCUGUCUACUUGCAACUCUGCGAAUUGCUGUACCUUGUGGAAAACAGGAACUAUGAGGAGCUUGUUGAUCCUUCAAUCUACAUUCCUCGAUUCGUAAACAGCUUAUUGAAAGGUGCAAACAAUAUUCCAAAAAAUUUCUUGAAAACGGUUACAAGCAUUAUAUCUAGUAUGAAGAGAGAUUGGAUGCAGACCGGCCGGAAACCAAGUGGAAUAUGUGGAGCAGCAAUUUACAUAGCUGCACUUUCUCAUGGUAUCACGUGCUCUAGGGCAGAUAUUGCAAAAACGGUGCAUAUGUGUGAAGCAACAAUAACCAAAAGAUUGAAUGAGUUUGCUAAUACCGAGGCUGCAAAUUUGACUGUUGAUGAGCUUGAUAAAAGCGAAAACAUAUUGCGUAAACAAACUUAUACCCCAAGACCAAAUUCUGACGAAGGAGUAGUGAACUGUAAACAUAAGGAUUCAAAACCUUUUGGUUAUGGAUUAUGUAAGGACUGUCACGAUGAUUUCAUUCAAAUUUCUGGUGGAGUUGUUGGUGGGUCGGAUCCUCCUGCUUUCCAGCGAGCAGAGAAAGAGAGAAUGGAAAAAGCAGCUAGAGAAGAAAACGAGGGAGGAAUUGAGAAAAGUGAAAGUGAAACAGAUUGGGAUGCUGAAGCUUCGGAUGAAUCAGGCAAUCUUUCCUAUCUCGAUGGUGAUGAUGAGGUGGGUGGCUGUUUUCUCAAUGAGGACGAAAUACUCUUCAAGAAGACCAUGUUUGAGUUAGAAAACGGACCAUAUCUUAGGGAACAAGCAGCUAAGAAGGCAGCUAGUGAAGCUGCGAGCAAUGCUAAUUUCCCAGAAUACGCAGAUGUGACUAAAUCUAGAAAGGAAAAGCGACAAAAACGUGCUGAGGAAGCAAAGAACGCGCCUCCACCAGCUACAGCCGCGGAAGCAGUUCGAAGAACACUUGAGAGGAAGAGACUUAGUAGUAGGUGUAUCAACUACGAUGCUUUGGACGAGCUCUUCGAUACUUUCCCAGCUGAGAAGUCACAGAAGAAAUCGAAAACCGAGACAGUUACAGAGAAGAACAAGGAAGAUCAUGAGACUGUUGAAGAUGAAGAAGAUGAAGAAGAUGACGCAGCACCAUACGAGAUGAACACAGAUGAGAAAUUCUAUGAAGACGAAGUGGAAGAAGAGGAAGAGGAUGGUUAUGAUUUUGGAUUGUACUAAUGAUACUUUUAUCGUAUAUAUUUUGAUUCGUUUUUCUUACUAAAAUAUACGUCGCAUUCUAUCGGACUUAAAUCAAAAUGGAAAAUAUUACAACGGGACUGGAGUAA